AAUUCAAACUAUCUCCCAAGUGAAAUCAUAUUUUUUAUAUUUAAUUCAAGUUAGCAACCAGGGUGGCAAUCUGUAGUGGACAACAUAAAUCUGAUAAGAAGGCUGGGAAAUGAAGUAAAGGGAAGUAUAAAUAAAAUUAGUGCUUGAGGUUGGAUGAUCUUAGCUUAUGUUAAAGUAGUUUUUUCUUAAUUUUUGGUGGUCAAAAUUGUGCACCCAUCAAAUCUGGGUGGUUCAUCUGGUUUCGUUUCAAACUGUCAUAAAUCAUUGGGUCUAUUGUUAACUGUUUAAUCAAAUGAAUCGAAACAGUAGUUCUACUCGUACAACCGUUGAUUGGUUGGGUUGUUAUACGAAUGGCUGAAAUCUUUUUAACCUUGAAAUAAUAAUAAUAAUAAUAAUAAUAAUAAUAAUAAUAAUGAAAAAGAAGGCAAAUUCAUCCAGCAAUUAAUUACAAGUAGCCACCUUUGGGCACCCUUAACGAUCGGAUCAUCACCAGAGCCGAAGCAUGGGAGGUAAAUCGUUUACGUACCUCGCUCACUCUCUCUCCUUUCUUUCUCCAAACAAUGAAUUAACGAUGAACCCAUAAAAUUAAAAAAAAAAAAAGGAGAAAACUAAAAGGGUUCUCUUCUCCAUCGCCUCUCUCUUCUCUCUCUCUAGUGCAAUGGCAGCCGCAGGGGGCAAGAAAGAACGGCGACCGUCGUCGCUGUCGUCGACGGGAAUGGCGCUGGACAGCGUGGAGAUCGACAAGAUGGCUGACGUGCCAAUCAACGACACACCGCCGAGCAAGCCACACCUGCCCAGAAUGUCGGUGGACCUCGGCAAGUCCUCCGCCGGUGGGUUGGGGCGCACGGCAAGCAAUUUCGGGCAGUCGUUUCGGAGGACCACCAGCAACUUCGGCAACUUCGGGAUGUCUUUCCGGCGGACCACCAGCAGCGCGCUCAAGGGGAUCCUGCCCGGCGGGGGCAAGACGAGCACCGCCGCCGGGAGGCAGCAGCGGGUGCAGAGGACGGCGUCGUCCGCCGCCAGGGGGCUGCAGUCCCUCAGGUUUCUUGACCGGACGACAACCGGCAGGGAGACGGAUGCUUGGCGGGCGAUCGAGAGGCGCUUUGAUCAGUACGCCGUCGACGGCUUGCUGGCGAAGGAGCACUUCGCCGUCUGCAUUGGAAUGGCGGAUUCGACGGAAUUCGCGUCGGAGUUGUUCGAGGCGAUUGCGAGGCGGAAGUUCAUACCGACGGCCAAUGGUAUAACGAAAGAUCAAUUGAAGGUGUUUUGGGAAGACAUGACCAAACAAGACCUUGAUGCUCGUCUCCAGAUUUUCUUCGACAUGUGUGACAAGAACGGGGAUGGUAAACUUUCUGAAAAUGAAGUUAAAGAGGUCAUCCUCAUGAGCGCAUCGGCCAACAAGUUGACCAACCUAAAGGAGAACGCGGCCAAGUACGCAGCCCUAAUCAUGGACGAGAUGGACCCGGACCACAAGGGCUACAUCGAGAUCUGGCAGCUGGAGGCCCUCCUCUGCGGGAUGGUGAACCAAGACGCAUCCGCGGAGGCUAGCACCAAGAUGAACCGCCACGCCAAGUCCCUGGCCCGGGCCAUGAUCCCCAGCCGCUACCGCUCCCCGGUGGGACGCUUCUUCACCCACGCAGCCGAGUACGUCCACGAGAACUGGAAGAUCAUCUGGAUCCUGGCCCUGUGGGCCGCAGUCAACGCCUACCUCUUCCAGUGGAAGUUCUUCGCCUUCGUCGGGACACCGCUCUUCCAGAUCUCCGGCUACUGCCUCUGCAUCGCCAAGGCCACCGCCGAGACCAUCAAGUUCAACAUGGCACUCAUCCUCGUCCCGGUCUGCCGCCGGACCCUGACCUCCCUCCGGUCCACGGUACUGGGCAGGGUCAUCCCGUUCGACGACAACAUCAACUUCCACAAGGUCAUCUCCGUGGCCGUGGCCGUCGCGUCCCUGGCCCACACGGUGGCCCACGUGGCGUGCAACUACCCGCUCCUGGCGUCGUGCCCGAGGGCCAGGUUCGAGUCCCUGGUGGGGAGCGCGUUCGGGCACCGGCAGCCCACGUACGGAGCGCUGAUGGAGCAUUCCAUAAGCGUGACUGGGGUGCUGAUGGAUUUGAUCAUGGCAUUCUCCUUCACCCUGGCGACGCACUCGUUUAGGAGGAACGUGGUGAAGCUCCCCGGGAUGUUUCACAACUUGGCCGGAUUCAAUGCGUUUUGGUACGCUCACCAUUUGCUUGCCGUCGCCUAUGUUUUGCUCUUCUUGCAUGGUUGGUUCUUGCUCACCGACAAGCCUUGGUACCAGAAGACGACAUGGAUGUAUAUUGGUGGUCCAGUAACCCUGUAUGCUUUAGAAAGAGUGUUUUUGUCCUACAGAGAGCGCACAGAACCGGUCAACAUAAUUAAGGCAGUUAUAUACUCGGGAAAUGUUCUGGCAUUGUACAUGACAAAACCCAUGGGUUUCAAGUACAAGAGUGGAAUGUACAUCUUCGUCAAGUGCCCCAACAUCUCCAGCUUCGAAUGGCACCCAUUCUCAAUAACAUCAGCACCGGAUGACGAUUACCUAAGCGUCCACAUAAGAACCCUAGGCGACUGGACGAGGGAGAUGAAGAGCAUAUUCGCCAAAGUUUGUGAACCUCCACAGCAAGCCAAACCUAGAGCAAUGAACUUGAUGAGAAUGGAGACCAGAACUGUGUCCGACUCCAACUACGAGGAAAUACAAAAGACGUUCCCGACGAUCCUAGUGAAAGGACCAUUCGGGGCCCCGGCCCAAAACUACAAGAAGUUCGACAUAUUGCUGCUGGUAGGGUUAGGGAUUGGCGCCACUCCUUUUAUCAGCAUCAUAAAGGAUCUUCUCAACGCGCUUAGACCGAUGAGGCCAGGACAAUUCUCAGUGGAGCAAGCAUCCAGGAAAUGCCCAGAGAGAGCCUACUUCUAUUGGGUGACCAGAGAACAGGCGUCGUUUGAAUGGUUCAAGGGUGUCAUGGACGACAUUGCAGAGUACGAUCGCAAUCAUAUAAUUGAGAUGCACAAUUACUUAACCAGCGUGUACGAGGAAGGCGACGCCAGGUCGGCACUGAUCGCCAUGGUCCAGAAGCUUCAGCAUGCCAAGAACGGUGUUGAUAUUGUCUCCCAGAGUCGAAUAAGAACACAUUUUUCAAGACCUAACUGGAAAAGGGUUUUCUCGGAGUUGGAGAAGGCACAUCCAUCUUCUCAUAUAGGGGUGUUCUAUUGCGGGAGUGUCGCCCUGGUGAAGACAUUGAGGGAGCUUUGCCAGGACUUCAGCCUGAAUUCAACGACCCGCUUCCAUUUCCAUAAGGAGAACUUUUGAAGAACAAGACAUAUAUAGUAAAGUGGUCUGUGGAUGAGAGUUCUUCAUGUAAUUCACUGUGGUAAAAUAGACACUUCUAAUUAGUAAUAUUUUGUUUAUCUAGAGGGAAUUUAGAAGAAAAAAAAUUGGGCUAAGUUUAGAGGGUCUGAUUGUGAAUGUUGUAUAUUCAAUAGGGAUAGUCAUUUGGUACUUAAGUGAAGAACAAGAUAAAAGGAUGAUUUCUUUGUUCUAGGAAUUAGGAUAUGAAUCUUUCUGUUAAAUAAAAAAUAUUUUAUUAAGUUCAUACCUGCCCCAUAAAACAAGGGUGCCUCUCACACUAACCAUCAAAGGAAAAGUAAAGUGCUUUUGUUAAAGAUACAUAGAACUCACAAUGCUAACAUCUGUAAACUAUCCACUAACACUAUCACUACCCAGACCUCAGGUUUCGAAAGCUUCUUCGUGUUGGAAUUUUUAAUGGUGUGAAUGGGAAUAAAAGGGAAAGGAGCCAAGAGAAGCUCUGAAAGUACCACAUUAGUAAGAUGUGGGUAGGCGCCACCUAAAUUCAAUAAAUUAGAUUUAAUAUGUUGGUAGUCAGUUAAAUGAAUUUGUAAAACCAAUCUGACCAUGUUGAACCGAUUUGAACCUAAUCAAACCAAAAUAAUGUUGGGUUGGAAUAACCCAAUCAGUACAACUAUUAUGAUCUGAACCGAUGCAAUGGUUGGGAGUAUAACCAUCCACACAAAGAAUCGCAUACAUACCCAUUUAUUUUCUAAAAAUAGCCUCAAACCCCUUUGGGUUUCAUAUACGAUUUUUCUUAUUGAAACUCUGCCACAAUUCCAAUUGAUUUUUUCUUAGUUUUGAGUGUGUGUUCUUUUUUUUCAUUUAAUUUCUUGGUUGGUUCCUAAGGAAAGGAAAAUGGCAGGCGAUGGGCACGAAACAUUGUAUUGCUUUGAAAAUAUUAUUAGCCCACGCUCCCUUUGUACAUUUCGAUAAGCACUUGUUUGCCUUUUGGGUUUUUCCAAAACGGUCCUCCGACAACUAUCUUAAAGGGUUUUUGGACUGUUCGAAGAAGGCUCUUUCAUCUAAACUCAACUCUCUUCUCAGCACAAGAAAAAUUGGGGUAGUCUUUUUUACUUCAAAAAUUGAAGCAACAAAGGCAAAAUAGGAUGGUUUUUGGGCUGUUCGAAGAAGGCUCUUUCAUCUCCGCCUUCUGUUGCUACUACCAGCCUCUCUUCCCUUCCUGCUACAUCAUCUGGAUGUUUGGUGAUUUUUUACCUUUCUAUGAUUCUGUUGGCUUGUUUGGAGCUCUACGUUUUGUGUUGCUAUGCUUUGCUUAUACUCUGCUCCUGAUCGAUUUAUGCAUUUAGUUUCAGAUUGGACUGUUUUUGCUUAUUCCUGUUACAUAUAUGUGCCUGAUUUUGCUUCCAUUGGUGUUCUUUAUGCAUAAUUGCAUAGUAGUCUUUAGAAAUUAUUAGGAAUUUAUGUUGGGUAUUCUCUUGCAGCUCCUCCUUCCUUCCCUACUCCUGAACCCAAUUGCUAGGGAUGGCAAUUACCCACCCAUGGGUAAUUAUACCCAAACCCAAGUAGACCCAUUGAUAAUGGGUUGGGUAUGGGUGAAGUGCAUAUGGAUUUGAGGAGUUUGUAGAUGGGUUUGGGUAAAGUAUGAAUAUUGCUUCCAUAAUCUACAUGGGUUAGAUAUGAAUAUCCACUUACUUGAUGGUGUUUUAACUACACAUGCAAAAAUUGGACCUAUUUGUAAAACUUGAAAAAUUUAGGUACCAAAAUGUAAGACCAAAAAAAUUUAGGUACCAAAACGUAAUUUUCCAUCGAUAUUUUGAGGACUUAUAUGCAAAAAAAUUAAAUUUAGGUACUAAAUAUUCAUAUCUAUUAAGUUUAGGUACCAAAUUAUAAUUUGUAUUUGGGCAUGGGUACAAACCCAAAUACAUUUGUUAUAAACCCAACCCAACUCAAAGUAAAUGGGUGUGGGUACAAAACCAUCAAACUCUACUCAUAUCCAUCUAUUUGGAUUUCAAACCCAACCCAAUUGAAUUGGAUAGUAAAAAACUCAUAGGUAUGGGCAAAAUUGUCAUCCCUACCAAUUGCCGGCAGUUCUGGCCUCCGGCAUCUACCUACGUCCAGCGAUUACCCCUUGUCUUCUUUGUUUUUGUCCAACUGACAUGUGGCGUAGAGCUAACUUUCUCGGAUAAGGCCGAGUUCCGCGUGCCAGCAGCAGCGGUGCGGUGGCGGGUUGGAUAAGAAUAUUAUCCUUUAUAGCAUUGUUAGUUAAUAUGCCCUUGUUGUGUCUUUAAUUGCCACGUCUCUUUUGUGACUACGCUUUUUUGGUGAAUUUUAUUUUAUUGGACUAGUAAAGCAUUGGCUCUUUUGCUGUUGACUUUUGUCCGUUGCUCCUUUUUGUUUGUUAUUUACAGGGCCAAGAAAGGUUUGUGCGUACGGAUCCAGAUGCAUCCCCAUUCCUAUUGUGAUAAAGCUGCUUGUCUCUUUAUUCUUAGGAACUAAUAGAGCUGCCAUUUUGUGGCCUAAACGGCUUUUUCAUUGCAUGUUUGAUUAGUAUCGACUGACGUUAUUUUUACCCAUUGUAAUCAUAUUUGUCUACUAUUUCAUCUGACUAUGAUAUAAAAAAAAAACAUUGUAUUGCUUCCUAAUGAGUGUGCUUUGUCCUUAUCUUGGUGGUUCAGUGGUUCUAUCAUAUGUUGGGUAAAAUUAAAGGUAUGACAUAUUUUUUGUAAGAAAAUUAUAUAUAAAUCUUGAAUUGACCGGAGUUUGGCAUCUGUUAUUAUUUUCAAACCCAUAAAGAUUAAAAUAUAGAUCUUAAUUAUAUAAAUCUUAUACACUAAGAUUAAAUUGAUUAGAAACAAAAAUCAACGGUUAUGAUUCAUCAAAAUAUAGGGUUAAUUGCAAGGUUGGUCACUGAGAUUACUAAAAAUGUUCAUGUUUAGUCACUAAAAAUAUUUAAUUUCAUUCGUGGUCACUAAAAUUAGUAAAACAUUUCAAGUUCGGUCACUCUCCGUCCAACUCCGUUAACUUUAGCUAAUGUGGCAGUCAACUCUCAAAGUUGACCGUUAAUUGUGUGACGUGGCACUUAAAAAUAAUAAAAGAUUAAAACUUUAUAUUUUAAAUAUUCCACCUAAUUAUUAUCAUCACUAAAAAAAAUCUCACCAAAAAUUAAAAAAUAAAAAUCCUUAGCCAUUGGAUCUAGCCCGAACCCGUAGCUGUCGAAAUAGUGUGCUCCGGCAGUGCUUUUCCUAACUGGUGGCAUCGUGAUUUCCCUAGAUUUGCCGGUUGCUGGGUUCCAUAGACGCACUUCCGACUUGCCAUUGGACAUCAGAAAUACGUCGUUGAAAUUGUGUCAUUCCAACUUUUACAGACGGACUUGAGCUGUAACAGAUCUCUAGCGUUGAAAUUGUUGAGGGUGGAAAUAUUCUUUACGGAAAGUGAACGUAGUUCACGACUCUAUCAUAAUCCAGGUCACCCGGUCUCGGGCUAUCCUACGUGUACCCUCGCGAUAAAAGACCCAACAAUCGUAAAGAAUAAUUUCCGGUACAAUGGCUCGAAAUGCUCUUUACAAGAAACUGGUUCCGGUCUAUGGAAUUAUGAGAAUUUUCGAUGAUGGGUAUUUCAUCGAUGGCGGUAGAAGAUGGGUGUUCUUCGUACUAGUCUCAUGGUGUAUUCCAUAUCCGGAAGGUAACUUGGAAGAGAGAUGAUUCAAAGAUGAGGAAGAAGGAGAAUGAUUUGUAAAAUGGAGAAAUAGAAGAAUGAAAAUUGCCUUUGGGU